CUUACGUUGGAUACUUGGACGGGAGAGCGAGUCGGCAACCUACCUAUAAAUACCUAAUAAGACCUACAGUAAUACGUUGGUCGUUGGAUACCUGGACUCGAGAGCGAGUCGCCGACCCAAAAACCCUUAAUCAUCCCUUGAUCUGUCCAACAUAGGUUUCACGCAGCCACGCAAUCCCAUCAUAGAAUUGGCGGCACGGCCAUGGCAGCAGUCUUGCUCCCGGACGACCUCCUCCUCGAGAUACUCAUCCGCGUGAAGGAUGCGGUUGCCCUGUUCCGAUGUGCCACGACGUGCAAGCAGUGGUGCCAUCUCAUCGCCGAUCUGUCCUUUCUUCGACGCCGCUGGCCACAAGACGCCAACCAUUCAUCCUCCACCUUCGUCGGCUUCCUCACCAUGGGCGACAGCGGAGGGCCUUUUCCUCGCCGGGAGCUGUGGUUUGUCCCGACGCCGCGAUCGGCUCUGAGCCCUGGCCCCCGCACCCUGACUUCCUUCGUGCCCGCUGUCCGUGCAAGCCUAUUUGACCAUGCGGUGCCGCUCGUAUCGCGCCAUGGCCUUGUUGUCCUUCUCCUUGAACAGCGCGACGUCCAUGACCGCGUGGACCAGACCAUCGUCCAAUUGGCGGUAUGCAAUCCGCUUGUCGGCACGUGCGACAUGCUCCCUGCUCUAAAGUUCAGCUCGCCCUUCGAUCACAUGGACAAUGGCUAUGCCAUUCUAACCGGUGCGGAUUGUUGGUCCGACGGUGAGUCAUCGCAGCCGGUUGAGCCGCGCAACUCGUCUUUCUUCAAAGUGGUAAUCGUCGGCUCGGGCUGCCAUGAUGUCAAGUAUAGUGUCUUUGUGUUCUCGUCUGACAACGGAAGCUGGAGUGUCGUGCAUACCAAUUUAUUGGACAUUACUCAAGAAUGGGGCCACUACGGGCUGUUUAGCGAUGCCAUUGUGUGCCGUGGCAUGGCACAAUGGGUAUUUAUUUAUAACGCAGAACAAUAUUUUCGUGUCAUAAGUCUGAAUGCCCGGACCGGCAACAUCUCUACCACAAAGCACCGUUUCAAAAUUAACUACGACUUCCUCCAGACUAACCCGUGCCUUACACUAGCCAUGGAUGAGAGACUAUCACUGGUAAGUACUCAAUGGAAAAUUCCCCAACUGGAUAUCUGGCAACAAAAAGAAAACCAAGAAAAUAUUAACGCUACAUCCGAAUGGCUAUGCACCCGGACCAUCGAGCUAAAACUACUUGAGAAGAUGACUCGAGGAAGAGAGCUACGUGUCUUGGGGGAGAAGUGCGGCACACUGCUCAUCAGCGACGACCACCGCAAGCUCAUUUACACCAUCGCCCUCGAAACUGGGACGAUUGAGGAGGUGGAGGAUUGGCCACGUGGUGUCGACAUCUCCCGUUGGGAUGCCAUAGCCAUGGAGAUUGAGUGGCCUGCAAUCUUCAUUUCUCGGCUUACAAUGGAGUUCAAGUGUGCCCUUCCACCUCCACCAAAUGACGAGACAACGUCAACGAUUAAGAGGCGGCAUCGAAAAAGAAGCAGCAGUAGGAAGGGUAUUGUCCACAACAGCACAUCGAAGAAGGCGAAGCAGCACGGUGCGGCGGCAUAAGGAACUGGAUUCGUUCUUUAUUGUUGUUGAGAGCUCACUCCUUAAAAGAGCAUACUGCGUAAGCGAAAAUCGCCCUGCGUCAGGUGUUCGGGAAGGGCCCCCAAAUGUGCUGACAUGGUUGGACGACAGACAGGGGACCUCUUGUGAAGCCAGUCUUGCAGUUUAGGAUUCUUGUUUUCUACUUUAGGUAGUGAUCUGAACGAUUUCUUAUAUUUCUUUACAGAGAGAACAUAUAUAAUAUAGUUGAGGAGUGGACAACUGAGUACACAUGAUUUUGUUAGAAGA